AUGGAAGUCAUCCAGUCGCCACCCCUCCGUCGAGAAACCGGAAGCCGUCGUUGCACAACUGCCGAUGAAGAUGAACCGCCAUGGGAAACACGUUAUUUCUUCUGUUGUUGUUAUUCUUGGUACACAACGUUUCUUCCCUCCUACUCUCCAUCUUCCAAACCACCGCCAUCGUCGGCCGAUAACCUCACAUUUUGUAACAUAGCGGGUGUUGUUGGCCGGAACGCUAGCGGACCACCAAGGCAGCCAACCAUGGUGGUUGCCGCCACUUCUACUUCUUUCUGCCGCUUUCUGCCGUAUCUUGCCACCACCAGCCACCUUGGGAGAUGGUUGCGGGUAUCAUUUUUGGCCGAAAAACCCACCGCCACCAUUGUGAGGUGGUGGCUGCCACCGCUUGUUGCACCCUGCCACCGCAUGGGUGGUUGUUUGUGUGUCAUUAGAUUUGUAUGA